AAUUUUUCAGAUGUAAUCACAGGAUGUAAUCUUGUUUAGUAAUCAUCAAUAUGACACUAAAUUGACAAACGUUAGUAUAUUUGGAUAUAAUAUUAUUAGUUUUUUUGUUAUUUCUAUUCGGAUGAUUUACACGAAGCAGGAAUGGUAUACACCUGCAGAAGUAUCGGUCCAUAACAAGGCAACAGAUUGCUGGGUAUCCUUGAAUGGCAAAGUUCGGGACCUAACGCAGUGGUUGCAGCAGCAGGUUAAACUCUGCAAGUGCCCGAAGACCUGCUCCUGUGCUGUAAAAAAUUGGUAUUGUGGGCAGGAGUGUGUGGAGUACUGUUCUUGUUUAAAACGCGGCUUCUUUUACUGUGAUGCGAAACGGCUCGCAACAACAGUUCUAGCCUACGCGGGUAAGGAUGUAAGUCACUGGUUCAAGGGCGAUGACUGGGUACACUACACACACCCUAUCGUGGGUGUGAGUACCCCGUACCAUGUGCACGGUCCAGGGUAUAGACAGCCGGUGGUGCCGUCCACCAGGUGGCGGCCGCCGUGUUGCCCCUGGUGGUUGAAUGAGGGCAACGUGGUUGGGAAGGUCACCGCGAAGACGCGGCCGAUAAGGAUUACGAAUACUUUGACUGGUACAUCAGUAACUCUCGAAGUAUGCUCCGAAGAGACAAUCUACCAGAUCAUGAUGCGGUACCUCCCCCACAAUUCGCACAUGCUUUCCUACACUUGGCGGUAUAUGAAUAGACCGCUGAACUAUGAAAAGACCCUGGAGCAAAAUGGUGUACCUGAUGAAAGGGAGGUCUUCAAUGAAUUAGCGCUGCCGGAGAAUCUGCAUAUACCGGAUUUGUUGCUGUACUAUAAUGAUGACUUGACUGAAGAUCCACCGAAAGAUUGCUACUGUGAAGAUAAAGAUUGUACAAGAGGCAAUCCUAACGCAUGCCACAUGGAAUAAUUUAUAGACUUCU